AGUCGAGGAGAGAAAAAGUUAGAGGGGGACAGCAGAGGCGCACGGUGCCAGAGCCAGGAUCAGAAGCCUCUGCAGGCGCAACCAGCAGCAGUCCGCCCGCCGAGGACAAGUGUUUUUCCCACUAUUCAUCUUCCACUCAGAGCCAGUGUGCAGGGGGGGGGAGCCGGGCUAUGACACGCGAGUAGACAGCCGCACAGUCAGUGAGUGUUAGCGCAGGAGGACCCUUGUUUUUAUUCCCCCCGCAAGAUGAAGACAGACGCGAGGAGCCCGCGCCAGCUCGCCGCGCCGCUGCUCUUCUUCCUCGCCCUGUGCGUCGCGGUGCAGCGAUCCGACUCUGCGGCUUGCCAUGGAUGUGUUGGAUCCAAAUGUGACUGCAGUGGAGUGAAAGGAGGCAAAGGUGAACGGGGUUUCCCAGGUCUCACCGGACAGCCAGGGGUCCCAGGGUUCCCCGGACCCGAGGGGCCGAUCGGAGGCAGAGGAGAGACGGGCAACAACGGGCCUCAAGGACCAGGCGGUCCAAAAGGAAUCAGAGGGCCUCCAGGAUUACCAGGAUUUCCAGGAACACCAGGUCUUCCAGGUCUGCCGGGUCAGGACGGACCUCCGGGCCCGAGAGGCAUCGCAGGAUGCAACGGAACAAAGGGUGACCGAGGUUUCCCAGGAAAUUCAGGGAUCCCAGGACAGCAGGGUCUGUCGGGACCACCAGGUCUGCCGGGGUCAAAGGGAGAUCCAGGAGACGUGAUCUCCACCAAUCGGUUUGGAGAUACAGGAGGAUCGGGUUUACCGGGUUUACCAGGAGUUCCUGGCUCGCCGGGGUCCUCUGGUUCUCCAGGUCCACUCGGGCCCCCAGGACCCAGAGGUUAUGAGGGUCGUUCAGGUCCUCCCGGUCCUCCAGGACCCAAGGGAAACAUGGGUUUGAACUUCCAAGGCCCCAAAGGAGAGAAGGGAGAACUAGGUUUGCCAGGACCCGCUGGUCCUCCAGGACAGGUGGGAGAACAGCAGAGGCCCCCGGAGACGGAGAUCCAGAGAGGAGACAAGGGCGACCCGGGAGUCCCGGGCUUUCAAGGUGAUCGAGGUUAUCCAGGUCCGCCCGGCCCCUCCGGUGGACAGAAGGGAGGAAAGGGCGAACCGGGAGAGCUAGGAAAACGAGGUAAACCAGGCAAAGAUGGCGACCCCGGUCCUAAUGGAUAUCCGGGAGGCAAAGGAGACUCAGGCCUGCCAGGUCCUCCAGGCAGGGACGGAGAGAGAGGUCUGAAAGGAGAUCGUGGAUUCGCAGGCCCACCUGGACAGGUGCUUGGCGGGCAGACCGGAGGUGGGGUGGGUCCGAAAGGUGAGUCCGGUUACCCCGGAUCCCCCGGACUCAAAGGAGAUCGAGGACCAGCAGGUUUAACAGGACCGCCUGGAGCACCAGGACGUUCAGCCAUCGGCGGCAGCGGUCAACCUGGACCUCCAGGUUUCCCCGGAGAGAGAGGUCAGAAGGGAGAGGGCGGCGCUCCAGGGGUCUCUAUACCAGGAUCCCCAGGACGCUCGGGAUCUCCUGGUCUCCAGGGACCAGAGGGGCCUGCUGGACCUCCAGGCUUUUCCAGCGGCGGAACAAACUGCAUCACCGGAGAACCCGGGCGUCCCGGUGUGACGGGAGAGCGAGGUUACCCCGGAGAAUCGGGUCAGAAAGGUGAUAAGGGCGAAACCUGCGUGAACUGCUUCGGUGGCACCAACCCGAUCCCAGGAGCCACAGGACCUCCUGGACCACCUGGAUUCCCAGGAACUCCUGGCAGCCUGGGAUUGAAAGGAGACAGAGGAUAUCCGGGGGGUCCUGGAAAUGUCGGCACCCCCGGUGGCCCCGGCCCUCAAGGUUCCCCAGGGUUCCCCGGAGAGAAGGGUGACCCAGGUGAUGCCAUCGCAGUCACUGGUGUGCGGGGAGAUAAGGGGGACUCUGGCUUCCCCGGAUCCCCCGGUCUGCCCGGCCUGGACGGUCGACCUGGUCGUGAUGGACAACCUGGAUCCCCGGGGCCCAAAGGAUCUUCUGGCUCACUGCAGGUAAAAGGAGAACGAGGACUCCCUGGUGAGUCAGGUUCUCCUGGUAAUCCAGGGGACAGGGGUUCGCCAGGUCCCUCCGGCUAUGGACCUCAAGGGCCUUCCGGAGAAAAGGGUAACCAGGGCGUCUCGGGAAGACCUGGAGGUCCUGGUUUUCCUGGUCCUAAAGGUGAACCCAGCCAGACGGUGGGAGAGAAAGGUUCACCAGGACCCAGCGGACGGGAUGGACAGCCUGGAGGCGCCGGUCUACCAGGUGAACCAGGUGCGGCUGGACAGCCAGGUUUCCCUGGUUUACAGGGAGGGAAGGGUGAACCUGGCUUCCCUGGCAUCGGACUCCCUGGAUCCCCAGGAUCUAAAGGAUUCCCAGGUAUCCCCGGGCAGCCAGGAUCUCCUGGAGGACCAGGCAGACCCGGAGUAGACGGAUUCCCCGGCCAGCCUGGAAUUCCUGGAUCCAAGGGCGACCCUGGCUUCGGACUUCCCGGCCCACCUGGUUUACCUGGAGUACCCGGAUCUAAAGGUUUCUUUGGACCAAAGGGAGAUCCUGGUUUCCCCGGUGGCCCUGGUUCACCAGGAAGAUCUGGAUUUGAUGGCGGCCCAGGAUCCAAAGGCGAGCCCGGUUCAUCUGGUAUCCCUGGAGCUCGUGGCCCCCCUGGACUCCCGUCCAGUGGCUCAUUUGGGCUCCCAGGCGCCCCUGGACCUCAGGGCCCAAUGGGACCACCAGGAUUCCCUGGAUCAAACGGAGGGAAAGGUGACCCCGGCCCUCCAGGUCUCGACAUCCCAGGUUUGCCAGGAGACAGAGGAAGUUCCGGUUUCCCAGGUUCUUCAGGACCAGCCGGAACCCCAGGACCUCCUGGAGGGCCUGGACGAGAUGGCGUGCCUGGAUCACCAGGUCCGAAAGGUGACAUGGGUUCCAUGGGAACCCCAGGACCCUCCGGAGGACCAGGAGGCCCAGGAGGACCUGGUGCUAGUGGACUUAAAGGUGAACCUGGGUUCUCAGGUAGAGACGGUGGUCCUGGUGGUUCUGGCACUAAAGGAGAUAGGGGUGACCCCGGUCUCCCAGGACCCCCGGGUCCCAGCCACCCAGGAGAAGCACAUAAGGGAACCAAAGGAGAGCCAGGACCUUCAGGUGGAUCAGGUUAUCCAGGUCAGAAAGGUAUCAGUGGUCUCCCGGGAGACCCAGGACUUUCAGGAUCAGAUGGUCGCCCUGGACUCUCCGGACCACCAGGUCCCAAGGGAGAUCCUGGAAUCUCAGGAGGCCCGGGAGGACCUGGAGCUUCAGGACUGAAGGGCGGCAUGGGAGAAAUGGGAUUUCCUGGACCAGGAGGACAGAAGGGUCUACCUGGUCAGCCAGGUCGGUCAGGAACCCCGGGACAGCCCGGAGGACCUGGUUUCCCCGGAGGCAAAGGUGACCCAGGUUCUGCCGGAGUUGGACCACCUGGACCAAGUGGAUUCAAGGGUGAGCCAGGUCAGCCCGGGUUCCCAGGAAGUCCAGGACUCAAAGGAACUCCAGGAACAUCCGGUCUCCCAGGUUUACCUGGAGGUCCAGGUUCCAAAGGUGAUCCCGGCCUCCCAGGAUUCCAAGGUUCUCCUGGUAUCCAAGGUCCUAAGGGUCUUGACGGUGGUCCUGGCUCCCCAGGUCUCAACGGAGCACCCGGUAGACCAGGAGAGUCUGGCCGAUCUGGAGGGCCAGGUUUCCCAGGAGAUAAGGGUCAGGCAGGUCGUGAUGGAAUCCCAGGACCGGCUGGAGUCAAAGGAGAGCCCGGACUUCCUGGUUUCGGUGGCCCCGGUACCUCUGGGCUUCCAGGGUUUCCAGGGUCAAAGGGAGACCCAGGUCUUCCCGGCGCCUCUGGCAGCUCCGGUUUCCCCGGCACUAAAGGAGAUGCUGGCUUCCCUGGUUCCCCUGGUCCUUCAGGAAACAGCGGCCCUCCUGGCCCUCCUGGACUGGCUGUCCCGGGCCCCAAAGGACUCCAUGGUCCCCCUGGACCACCAGGACGAGCAGGUCCCUCAGGUCCUCCAGGUCCAGGCGGCCCGCAGGGUCCCCGCGGACCUGCAGGAAGUGGCGGCGUCAAGGGAGAGACGGGUAUUUCCGGCGCUCCUGGCCAGAACGGCUUCCCUGGACAGAAGGGAGACUCUGGUGUUCCAGGAUUCCCGGGUACCUCUGGUCUUCCUGGCGGCAGCGGCAUAAAGGGAGACGUCGGUCUGCCUGGCGUUCCUGGAUUCCCUGGAUCCAAGGGAGACCCAGGAAUCCCCGGUGGUAACGGUCUUACUGGCGAUCCUGGAGAUCUUGGGCCUACCGGCCCCCCCGGUGACCCUGGUACAUCUCAGCCUACCGAAUAUGUGAAGGGAGAGCGAGGACCCCCUGGAUCUCAGGGCCGGCCUGGAGGCUCAGGACUGCCUGGUUCUCCUGGAAGUAACGGGCUCCCAGGUCGACCUGGUAACCCUGGAGAUCCUGGUACCGAGGGUCCCCCCGGCUUCAGCGGCCCGUCCGGCAGGAAAGGAGACACAGGACCCGCCGGUCUGCCUGGUACGCGUGGUUAUCCUGGUCCCCCUGGUUCCGACGGUCCACAGGGUCAGCCUGGUCUCCCAGGAACAGCCUCUGCAGCCCACGGCUUCCUGAUCACCCGACACAGCCAAGGUCAGGAGGUGCCCAUCUGCCCCGACGGAACAAGCAGCAUCUACGACGGUUACUCGCUGCUGUACGUGCAGGGCAACGAGAGGGCACACGGGCAGGACCUGGGCACGGCGGGCAGCUGUCUCCGCAGGUUCAGCACCAUGCCCUUCAUGUUCUGCAACAUCAACAACGUCUGCAACUUCGCCUCCCGAAACGACUACUCCUACUGGCUGUCCACGCCCGAGCCCAUGCCCAUGUCCAUGGACCCGCUCCGGGGGGAGAGCAUCAAGCCUUACAUCAGCAGGUGCUCAGUGUGUGAAGCUCCAGCCAUGGUGAUCGCGGUGCACAGUCAGACCAUCCAGAUCCCAUCGUGCCCGAGGAACUGGGAAGCUCUGUGGAUCGGAUAUUCCUUCAUGAUGCACACCAGUGCGGGUGCAGAGGGCUCCGGUCAGGCCCUGGCCUCCCCCGGCUCCUGCUUGGAGGAGUUCCGCAGCGCUCCCUUCAUUGAGUGCCACGGCAGCGGCACCUGCAACUACUACGGCAACUCCUACUCCUUCUGGCUGGCCACUGUCGAACCCUCUGAGAUGUUCAGGAAGCCACAGUCGGAGACUCUGAAGGCCGGGAACCUACGGACGCGCGUCAGCCGUUGCGUGGUCUGCAUGAAGAGGACGUAACAGCACACGGCAACGAGCCCACUGUUGCCGGGGGGGCGCCCAAUCAUUAGCAAUAGAUGAUUGGAUGAUGGGGGACAAGUAGCGGGAGGGGGGUGGUCGCCAUGGCGACAUGGUGGAAUUCCAAUGGUGCGUUGUCUUCCGGAAAAAAAAAACACACAAAAAAAUAAACCAACCUUCAACUUAAACAAUGGUGCUACUGUGCGACACAGCUUAACAAAAAAAAAAAAGAGAAAACUGACGUAAAUAAAUCUUACAUUCAAGUCUUUGUUUUUCUUAAGAAGUACCUCAGAAUGAAAGCAGACACGUAUCCACAUGGUGCCACGAUGGACGUGUGACAAGAAAAGUGCAUUUUCAUUGUUCUCCCUUCUUUUCCCCAAGAGGAGCGUUCACUGUUCUCUUUGACGUUUUUUUUUUUUAAAAGAAAAAUUAACUUUUUUGACGUUGGUGCAACACAAAUAACGUGACACUGUUCAUCGGUUUCCAGACAGAAGUGCUUUAUUUUAUGUUUUAUCGAUGAGGACUGGACGGUUACCAAAUCGGCACUUUUUGACUUCGGGACAUCCACGAUGAGAUGCACUGACGACGAGCUUUCCUUCGCGCGACUGACUGCCUUUUCCUUUCUCUCUUUCUCUGUCGUCUUCCUGACGCAUUUCGUUACAUUCGGUGGUACUAACCCUGCGAUGGCGCGCCUGCUAACCGUCAACCUACACCUUCCUUCUCUUAACCUUUUUGUAAAGUAAUAAAAUGUGUAUAUUGUGUAAAACACCUUUUGUUGUUAGCGUGUUAGGUCUUCAGUCAGUACCAGCUGUUUGUUAUCAAUUUUCCAGGUUCUUUUUAGCGCACACACACACACUCACGCAUUCACACACAAACACACACACACACACGUCACCACUCACACACACACACACCAACUCAGAUAUUGUACAAAGGCUUUUAUGAAUGAAAACAGUAUUUUAUAUAUAUAUAAUAAAUAUAUAUUUGAAAAAAAAGAGGAUUCAAAGGUAUAUAAACUUUAUUUGGCUGUGGGGAGAUUGUUCACCGUUUUCAACCGAGGUCUCGCAUUUCACCGGAAAGUAAAGCUUAACUACUGAGCACAGACGGAGCCAUUUUCCCUCAAACGUAAUUUUUUUGUAUGAUAUUAACGAUGCCAAUCGCUUAAACCUUUUGUAUUCAAUUUGUAGAAUUAAUAAAUGUUGAACUGAAAUAAAGGGGAUUUGCUUGUAGGUAGUCUAAUGAUUGGGGAAUGUUACCGAUAUUUUUUUGCGAGAAAGGAUUCAAAUGUCGUUUUUUUUCGGCUCCUUGAUUAGGAGAAAAAAACGUGACAUUUGUUUUGUUUUUGACUUUUCUUUGAAAGACAUUUCCAGGUGCUGGGCUUUGCUGUAAAAUCGAGGGUCUGGGUUUUUUUCUCAGGGGCCUCGUUUUACACCCAAAACCUUCAAAUCCACUUUGGCUGACUUUGAGCCUUUCUCCGAAACUGGUGGAGGCGUUCACUCUCGACUCCGUGGAACCGCAGGCGUCUUUUUAAAUCAGGUGUUAACGUGACGCGUGACGUUUCCCUCACAUCAGGCGGCGCGACCCUGAUGUACUGUAAGUCUGCAAGAGCUGUUUGAGAUGAGGGGGGGGAGAAAUAUUUUCCUGUGAUUUUUUUUGUUAUUUUUAUUUUUUCAAAACUGCUUUUAUGAAUUCUAAUUUUAUCAAACUGGGUUGAGAUUAAAAAAAAUGUGUAUUAAUGUUUUUUUUUUCUGUUUUGUUUCCACGUUAUGUUAUCCAGAAGUUGUUAUAAACUUUUAAGACUGAAAUAAAUACGAUGUCCAAAG